AAUUACACAGUUCGGGAACCAAAUCAGGAAGUGAUAGUUUUGACAGACGAAAUUUUCGUGAAAACGGUGAAAAAUGAGUGCAGAGAAAUUAUCAAUUUGUAUCAUAGGAUCAGGAAAUUGGGGUUCAGCUGUUUCAAAGCUAGCAGGAGAAAGUGCAUUGGCUCAAAAUGAAAAGUUUGAGAGGAGAGUCAACAUGUAUGUGUAUGAGGAAAACUAUGAGGGGAGGAAACUCACAGAGGUUAUCAAUGAGAAACAUGAGAAUGUUAAAUAUCUACCUGGUAUAAAGCUACCAGAAAAUGUGGUAGCUGUUCCAGAUGUUGUUGAAGCCAGUAAGAAUGCUGAUGUUCUUAUAUUUGUAAUGCCCCACCAGUUUGUGAGGAAAACAUGUCAUCUUAUGAAGGAACAUAUCAAAAAGACUGCUUUAGCUGUUUCUCUCAUCAAGGGUUUUGAUUUGCAUCCUGAGACAAAAGGUAAAAUAGCAAUGAUUUCCAAUUUGAUCGAGGACAUUCUUGGUAUAGAUUGUUGUGUUUUAAUGGGGGCCAAUGUAGCACCAGAAGUGGCUAAAGAACAAUUUUGUGAAACUACUAUAGGAUGCAAAACUAAAGAGCAGGGAUAUCUCCUUAGGUCUAUUUUUGAGAAGCCAUAUCUACGAGUAAAACUUUGUUUUGAUAUAGAUACUGUAGAAAUGUGUGGAGCUCUUAUAAACGUUAUAGCUAUUGGUGUGGGUAUAGUUGAUGGUAUGCGUCAAGGUCACAAUACUAAAGCAGCUGUUUUACGACUCGGUCUCAUGGAGAUGGUGAAGUUUGGGGAACUAUUCAUACAAGAUUGUCAGAAGAUCACAUUUUUUGAGAGUUGCGGAAUGGCUGACCUUGUAGCAACAUGUUAUGGUGGCCGCAACAGAACAUUAGGAGAAAAUGUUGUCAAUUCAGAUAAGUCUAUAGAUCAACUAGAAAAGGAUAUACUCAGAGGACAAAGUUUCCAAGGUCCUUUAGUAGCCAAAGAAAUUCAUGAAAUUCUUGUUGAAAGAAAUAUAGUGGACAGAUUUCCCCUGUUUACAGCUAUUUACAAGAUCUGUUAUGAAGAUAUGAAGCCUACAGAGUUUAUAGACUGUCUUCGUCAUCAUCCCGCUCAUAAAUUCUCCAGAAAAUCUCGCCCUUCUAUUUUCUUCUAUUGAUAUGUUGUGUCCGUCCAUGCUAUAUAUAGAUAUUUAUAUGUAGAAGACUUGUCCGUAGCAUACAGGGUUUUGCUUCUAAUUUUAGAAUGGCUUUCUAAGAAGUCCUAAAGAUGCGUUAUUUUUUAUAGCAGUGUUCUAACCAAAAAGUUUAUCAGAGUUAUCAAAUUGUCAUAUUUGUGAUACAUUUAAUCCACCUUGAGAAGGUAAAGUUGUAAAGAGGAGAUAUCUAGAAGUAGAAAAAUUUUAUGGAUAUUUGGGAAAAAAUCGUCAUCGAAAAUUGAACAUUCAAAUUAAUUGGUAGGAGGAAUGUAUAGAAAUAGCAUGAAUAACUUUAUACUUUUAAGUUUAUUCUGCAUCUUGGACAUUCAAAUAGUAUCUUCAUAACUAGAUAUUGUCUAUUUUGUGUAAAAAAUAAACUGUACAAUUUGUUAAAAUCUUAAAAACAACAACAGUUUAAUCAAUAAACAUAACUCCGAACUGACAAGCAUCCUAUUGUUGAGAUAAUUGAUGAUGUAUUUUUGAAUGUUGUUAACACAAAUUGCACAUGCACAUUAUACAGUUAAAGUCUGUGUAAAACCUAAUUUUGUAAUUUUUGGACAACUUUGCUGAUACAGAAUGUCCCAUUGUUUAAAGGUAAUAUUAUUCUGAUGUUAUUAAUUAAGAUACUGUUUCAUUUACAAAUAAAUGUACAUUUGUAUAUUUAGGUAGAUUAUUUUAUCUAUAAUUAAUAAAGUGAUCUUUUAUACACAAAUGGAUAUGGUUUUUAAAGGUAUAUUUGUAAAUUUAUAUAUUUAUGUUAUUGUUGACCAGUUAGUUUACAUUUAAGUGUCAUAUUGUAUAGUGCUAUUGUUCCAUUUAUAUUGGAAGGGCCUUUGUUUUUAAGGUCACUGUCCUCAAAUCCCCUGCAUCUCUUUCUUGUUGGUUUAAAUCUCCACAGGGAUAUGGAUUUCUUUUUUAUCUAUGUUAAUGUACUGAUUUUCCUGAACUAGUUUUGCUGAGAAGACAGCAUAAGAGCUUGGAAAAUAUUUUGUUUUACAUGAAACCAGUUACACAGCACCCCUAUGCCAUAUUCCCUUCAUGUUUCUGUUGUUAUGCAAAGAUCCUUAGAGUUUCAAAUCUUAACUUUUAUAUUUUGUACAUGUCUAUAAUGUGACUGAUACAUAGGCAUAAAUGAGAUAAACAGACUUUUGUUAUUUUUUCCUUUCUCAAAACCAUUUUUAAAGCAAUUGGUUUGUUUGAACAUGUAGAAGCAAGAAUGUUUGUAGCUCUAUGCAAGUGUGACUUGAAGUGUAGAUGGGGAAAAGAGGAUUGUCUCCCUUUGUUAAGACUGAGUAAAUUUAGUAAAUUUGUAUAAUGUACUUGUCCAGCUUUGAGUGAAGAAAUGCCCAUUAUAUUUAAUUUUAAGGGUUUGAAUAUGAAAAAGGUACAGACAGGCUAUAGAGCUUAUGUGAAUGCUCUGACGUGGUUUGGAACUUGGCAUGGUAAUGUACAUGUAUACUAGUAUCAUAAGUGUUAAUAGCGCUUAACUGGUUAAAAAACAAGCUUGAAAGUUGAAUUGAAACAUGUUUGUUGAAUUUGUGCUUUGUUAAGUUUAGCAAAACAUGCAGUGAAAGUUGAAUUGAAACAUGUUAGUUGAUUAUUUGUUCUCUGUUAAGUUGAGCAAAACCUGUGUUAAUUAAAGAUAAAAAUUUGCUCUCCAUAGAGGUGCCACCUACAUGUUAGGUCUUACCUAAGAAUACUUUUACUGUUCAGUAAUGAAAUAUAAAAAAAGUCAGAAUUACUAGAAUUUUGUAGGGGUUUUGAGUGUGUAAAAACAGAUUUUUUAUUAGCUGUUUAGAAUUGAGUUUUUGUGAUCACAAGAUUUUCAUCAUUAUCCACAAUAUCU